UGAUGGCAUCCAUAUAAAAGCCCUAGCCGGAGCCUCACUUACUCAGACGUUGCUCAGGCCUCGUCGUGUGUGGUUUGAACUGAAACAUGAUGCGUCUCCUUCUGCUGCCUCUGUUCCUUUUCACCCUCUCCAUGGCCUGCAUGGGUCAGACGUUUCAGUACUCUCGAGGCUGGACCAAUGGCAAGCGGGCCUUGUCGUCUCCAUCGUCUCUUCUAAGCAAUGGACAUUUUCACAGAGCCAACGAGUUUGGUUUCUCAGAUCUGUAUGACGUUCCGGACUGGAGCAGCGAUCGGAGGCUGGAGCGCUGCCUGGCGCAGCUGCAGCGGUCGCUACUGAGUCGCGUGUAUGGCUCCGGCGUAGACUUCAAUGCGAAUCGUGCCGAACCGGACACUAGCGACAGUGGCAGCCGCCGCAUCAGAGCCAAUAACAACAACGAAAAUGUUUUAUAUCCGAAUCCCAUUCAAAAUCGGCAUCACUCAUCGAAUGAACUUCUUGAGGAAAUCAGUGCUGCUGUGGCCGGAUCCGGACCGACGGGUGCGGGCUCGGGCGAGCCGAGCGUGUUUGGAAAACAUUAGCUCAGACUUCGAUAUGUUAUGGUAUUUUCAGAACUUUUGAGAAACUAGCAAGCAAAUGCUACAAAAAUGUAAAAAAAAACACAUGUUAUAUAUUUUGGCACAUGGUCAAUAAAAGAACACUUUAAA